GUUUUCCCAUUUCUCAAACGUUUGAGCUUCAUGUUUUUACUUCACCAACUCAUUUAGGACAGCUAAUUCUUGCCAACUUUUCCAUUGAACGACGCAAUGGUAGUUAUUUUCUCAAAAAGCUUGUUGGAGAUGCAUCUUCGUUCAGUCCGGAACAUCCGACGAACUUAUCCGUGGAUAAAACAGGCGGUAUACAUGAGGAUCUGAAGCAACAUUUAGCCUCAUCUUCUCUCCCCUAUCAUGGAUCGGAGAUGAAUUCGACCUGUUCUCGUUCAGCGGUCGGUGAAUCCGAGCACUGGACAGUCGCGAUGGACGUGAUGGAUUCCGUUCCUCAGAAUCUAUCUACUGUGGGUCACCACGCUUGGAAUUUCUCUCAAGAAGAAAGCUUAGAACAUGCACAAGUGGAGGAUUUAUCGGUGACAGAGAAACCCAUGGAUGCUACACUACCCCGAUCGCAGCUAAGUGGAACUCGUGGUGGUCCAGUUGUGAGUCCUAGCAAGUCGCGUGAUGCCGACGAUUCUGGGGUCCUCAGUCAGUUUGUUAAGUCCGUAUUGAAAGAACAUGAGUCGCGAAACGGCGCGGAUGCAGAUGUUGUCGUGUCCGGGAACAACUUAUCCGAAUUGCAGCGGUUUGUCAAGCGACUAAAAACGUAUCGCCAUUCGGUUGGACUAUCCCAAUAUCAACUGAGCUGUGAAUUGGCGAGACACUAUGACCAACAGACAAUGUUCAGCCAGUCCCUGUUAUCACGGUACGUAUUCCGCUUUGGACCCGAACAAUAA